AUGUCCGAUGCUACUUUUCCAAGCAAACGACGCAAGACCAGACACAACCUAACCAUGGCGACUCAAAAUAACGACCAACCCACGUGGCCCCUGAACCAGCUUCCCGUGGAGCUCUUUGUUCUAAUCGCCAAGCACCUUCCGAGAUCGAAUAUCCAGAGUAUGCGUUUAGUGAACAGGGAAUUCGAACAGAAGAUCUCCGAAUAUCUAUUCAGAGUGGUAGUGGUCCCCUUCAAGCCAGAAAUAUAUGGCAUUAAUCCGGAGCCCGCACUCUCUGGAUCUUUGCAAGGCUCAGUAAUGCUGCAGGAUAAAGGCAUGAGAGUGUUCCAAGGGUAUGCGCAAUCUAUUUGCCCCUUCUAUCAUGCUGUUACUGAUGAAGUGGAUUAUAGGUACGGACACCGUAUCAAGAAAUUCGCAAUGAGCUUUGAGUUUGACGAGAACAAGUUAGCGAAUCCACCGCUCAAGAGCGACCAGGAAGCUAUCACGUCAUUCUGGGGUAUCUAUCGUUGGCCGUACCAGAAAUACAAUAGGUAUGCACAGUUGGAGGGACUUGAACAGACGGCAGAUGAAACAAGAACGAUGGCAAAGGCUUUACGGUUCAUUACAUCGGCCAGAGAGCUCGGGCUUUCCAUUGAUGGCGGAAUGGGUUGGCUUGCGGGACCUGAUAUCAACCAGAAAGUCCUCGAACGUGGGGAGAAGCCUACGGUAUUUGGGGAUUCUAGGUUCAUCGCAGAGCCAAAGACCAAGAAAAAUAAUAAGGCUUCUAGAUCCUCUGAUUCAAUGGCCUCUCAAAGCAACAGCAGCGUAUGGGCCGCAAACGAGAGAAUGUUGCAAGAAGCUGGCUAUGAGGGAGAGGCUUUGGACGCUUCUAUGCGCGUCUUGAUGGAGACAGAGGAUGUUACUGCUAUAUCCGGAACUACCAAUCCGCCGUUUGACAGAUAUUUAAGCCCGCUCACUCUGGAAGGGUUUAGACGUGCUGCCCGUACCCCAAGGAGCCUCGAUAAUGGCCCAAUUCCCGUAACGACCGCCACCGCAGAGGAUUAUGCUCAACUGGCGCCACUCAUCUCGGAUGACGAAGAUAUUCACAACGAAGAACUUCAAUUGAGCACAACUACUUCCUAUGUUAAUGGCAGCAAGUUCAAGACCGAAAACUGUCCGUUGAAACCAAACGAUCUUACAAAUGCCCAGAGAGAAAUGCUCCUCGAGAUCGAGUGGGCGCAACGUGCAUUCAUGCAGUCAUACGCCAUUGCAGUCAUCGACAAUCCCUUCACGUUUAGGAAUAUCGAGUCGCUCACUAUCGCGCGCCUUCCAAAUCGACACUUACCGCUUCUCCGCCGCGAAGACUUCUGGGAUAGCUUGCCCGCGCUGAAGAAGCUGUCCCUAGCCAUCAUACCCGAUUGGCGCGAUGUCGUUAAGCUCCCAACAAGCUGGGUUCAAGAUAACAAGAUUGCACCCUCGCAAUCCGUUUCGGGAGUUUAUCAACUUCUUCAUGAACAAAUUUCACACCGCAAAAACAUUAACACACUUCAUUUUGAAUGGCUUUGUGGAGGAGAAUAUGCGGAUGGCUUAUUCUCAAGAAAUCAACAUAUCUUGGCAGCUCCCUUGGUCUCCAAAGCUAUGGACAUGGUCAACAGAGUCCAUACACCCUCCGUUUUAAUGCUUCCCCAUGUGAAGCACCUUUCCAUGAAGAACUGUUGGGCUAGCCCACACAUUAUGGGCACAUUUAUCAUUUCCUUAAAAAAGGCUGCUCUACAAAGUCUCACGCUAGAUUCAGUUUCCUUGACAGCUCCCGUCGCCCUGAACGCGCAGCCUCAACCCCUCACAGGCCACGCAGCAAAUCCACACAAUGCACAGCAACUGGCUGGACAACAAGCUGCUGCUAAUCAUCUUAUGGCGAACUUUCAGGGCGCAAUGGUUGCUCAAAAUCCCAACGCAGCGCUUGCGCCUGCAGCUCUUGGAUUAGCUGUACUUCAGCUACCGCCACCGGUUGUUAAUAUUGUUCCAAUUACUCCCAUGGAGUGGCUCGUGUCUCGUACUAGCUCUUGGUCUCAUUUGAUUGAUACUAUCACGCCAGGGACCACCUUGGCCGCUAUUCGACAUGAUCGCGAGAUGGGUCCUGAACCAGAAGUGCGAGGUCCAACCAAACUCAAGAAGCUGGAAUUCAAGUCUUGUGGAUAUAUUCGUCUUCCCCUAGAUUUCGACCAGACCGUUCUCGAUCACCCUGAUGUGCAGGCACCCCAAAUUCAUGCAAUUGCAAAACGAGCCAACGAUAUCGAGUGCCACAUGAUGAAACCUAUGGAUUCGGCCCUCGGCGUUAUCGUCAACCACAUGGCACCUGCCGAAGUGGCCACAUUAGAAAAUGCAUGGCACAUGACGGUUGGGGGUCUUGCCAACUCGGAAUUGGCUUUGGAAGCUCGGCUCGAUGGUAUCUCGAAUGCGGGUCGAGGUCGGUUCGAUGGUUUGAUUGAAGUUGCAUCUACGUCUUCAUCGAAUAGAUGA